AUGGAACACACUGCCUGUGCGAGGCUGUCGAGAUCAGGUCCCCGGGCAGUCACAACUGCCAUCAUCCAAUUGGACUCAGGAGAUGUAAUCCGUGCUAAAGAUCGGCUGACAAUGGCGCGACAAAUGUCGAAACGAAGGGAGAGCCGUACUUCAACGAGUAUUCGAGGAGAAGCCUCCACAAGUCACGUCGGCACGGAGACAGCAGAGGUGUCUGACGGACCCUCAGAAUUCAUGCAGGAAGCAGGCGGGGUUCCAAUUUAUAAGGAAUCACAAGUCGAUGAGAAUUCGUCACAAUUGGCCAAGAUCGCGCGCAGGGCCAGUCUCACCAACGCAAAUGAGGCUGCCACUGAGCACGCCAUACCGGGCAUCCGACAGAUCCAAUCGGAAGACAUCAGCGAAUCGACAACGGAUAUCAAGGAAGCAAACCAUCAAGCUAGGGAUCGAGCUGCUCCUCUUUCUGCGUUAGAGGUUUCUCGCAUUGACAGCCCUCCGGCUGCUAUCGACUCACACGUGAAGCCUCCACAAAGCAGCCCAAAACACAAUUCUGGCUCAAAAAUAGUACGAAACAGCGAUGCUCGAUCAAAAGUCACUCGUCGUAAUCCAAGCAAGCCCCAACCAUCUUCGAGGACUUCCUUGGAGCGUUUCCGACCGCGGCGCUCUGCCCGGAAAACAUCAACUUCUCAUCAAAAGGCAGAGGUUGACUGGAGUGAAGACAUUCGACCGACUGAUGACGAUGAAUCUCCGGAGAAAGCUAAAGGGGCCUCCAAAAAAACAUCUGUCUCUUCGCCGGUUGCUGAAGUGAAUAAAUGCUCCAAUAAGAAACGCAAAGCACCGCAGGUGAAACCAGACUUGGGUAAACGCCAGAAGGCUGUCAAGGAGAACGGCCGUAUCAAUGCCCGGCUUCCUAUGACCACUGACACCAGAGCGAAGUUGCAGUCUGGGAAUGUUGAUGCUAACGCUAAUUCGGCAUCAAAUAUCCAUGAUGAACAGCUUGAUAAUGCAAGUACACGGGAAGCCCUAAACCUGCCUCUAGCCUCUUUUCCUAUCUUCGCAAAGGAGGAUGCAGAUGAGCCCGAAAUCAUUGACCAAAGAGAUGAGAUAAUCGAGCUUUCAAGUGACUCCUUACGGUCAUCGAACCUGUCCGCCCCGGGAGAAGACAUCGAUUUACCAAAAGGCAACAGACAGGAAGCGAAGGCAACUUGUCAUAGAAGGGGCUUCACUGUUGGGCAAAAAAUUGCUGAUGCACUCCGCGAGGCCGGGUUGAACCCCCAGGGCUAUCCCGCCGUUGAAUCGCGUUUCUCGUCUACCCUGAUGCCUGCCGCUACGACAGCUUCCAAGGUACCAAAAGACCAUCUUGCGCUACAAGCCCGAGUUCACCCGCCUCAAAAUCCAUUCAGCCCUGAGCUCGACUGGGAACAAGACGAGGCGUCUGCUCCAUCUACAGCUGGAGGCCAGAAGAGUCAUAGCAGCCAAGACCGGGUACAAAUUGCUGACACUUACAAACAGCGGACGAUCAAUAUGUUUGCAGAGGCACCUGUUCUGCCAGCCCAAGGCUCACCAGACCAACAGAAGCUGUUGCAGAGUAACGGACUCUUGAAACGUAGGGGAAGUGGGGAUCAAGCCGAUGAUCCAAUGGAGAUUCCCGACGACAGCUCGCAGGCAACGUAUUCGCCAGGGGCAAUGGCGAUGGACUCGAUCCAACCACUAGAUGCAUUUCAGGGGAACCCGCAAGCCGCCUUACAGUGCCUAGAAAGCGAGCUAGAUACCCCAUUACAGAGCUGGGAAGUACCGAUCAUUGACGAUAUCACGGUGCUGCCAAUCCAAGCAAGUGAAAGCGAGAAGACUCCAGAAUCCCAGAGGCCCUUUCUGAGCGUACACACUCGUGUGCAAAAGACUGCCUCGCUCGAAGUUUCAAAGUCAAUCCAGAGGAAGAGCGUCGUUGAUCGAAAUGGCAGUCCUCGACUUUGCCCGCAGGAGGCCGUGGAAUCAAGCUUCGAUAUUGACCGCUUCUUUCUCCAGAGUAUCAGAAUCGCUGACUCCAGCUCAAGUGAGAACAGUGAAGACUCUGAUUUUUACUCCGAGAGCAAGUGCCACACUGAAAGGACAUGGUCCAAAUUCCAGCGAGAUAUGUUCAUAGAAUAUGGAAUUGCGCCCGAAGAACUAACUCCCGGUGUGACUGAACCGAGACUCGGGAGCGAUGGUUUUAAUAUUGAUUCCCGUGCGAGUCCACUCAGCGCGGCGACUAGUGAGGAUGACACCGAACUUCAUCAAGACGUCUCCCACGAUGACAUAGGGCCGUCAAUCGCGCCCAGCUUUGUCCCGAGGUCCAUUGACGACCCAAAGAUGGAGGCCGAGGCCGAAACUAAUCAGAGGCGACGGUCUAUGGAGAACUCAGGCUCUACGUCCCAUCACCUGCUCAUGCAUGGCAAUCUGGCCAGUAUGGAUUGGAUCUCAGAUCUAGAGUCUGCUCAACAGAAUGCGCAUAGCCUCCUGUUGGAAACAAACCAACAUCUGUCAAUCCAGCUUGCCGCUGAGAAGGACACUAUCCGAAAAGUACUGCAGAUCUAUCGAAAAGGCUGCAAUCGCAUUCUCGAUGACCUGUCCCGAGCUCAAGAAGCACGAAUGCAGCUGUACCGCCAGCAGAUGUCGUCUGUCAAGGAACAGCACGCUCAAAUAUGUCAGGAACUAAUACAGGGGUUACAGGAGCUGGACCAUCGGGUGCAACAGGGGCCAUAA